AUGCCAAUCGACAGCACUCCCACUCUCUCGUCCGGGUUCGCCGGCGAAGAGUUCAUCAACAAUCUCGGCAGUGAUCUGGCACCUCUUCUGACGCUAUUCGGAGAACAAGUCACGAAACAGUUUCUCAGCAUGUCACUCGGUUGGGCGGAUCAUUUUCUGCUCGCUGUUGGCCCAUUGGGAAUCAUUACAACGGUCGUUUCGGCAAUCCGAGUCAAAAGUGCACGAGAAAAGCUAGCGACAGCAGAGCUAGAGCUACUCUCUUCGACAUCAGAUGCCACUUCGGAACUCUGGACCGAGGAAGGAAUCGUUCGUCAACCAGGCCACGCUACGAUCCUUGAGAUGGUGACCUAUAAAAAGACGUCCACCAAGAUGGCCUCAAGUCAGAUUGAACCCGAGCUUGAGGCCCUGAGUGAGACUCAUAUCGGCGAUCUUAGUGAAGCCUACAACGUAGGAGUUCUCAGCCCUGCCCAGGAAGGCCGUUGGAGGAGAUUCAAAGCUUUGGUAGGGAAGUUCGAGCGGAUGUUCUGGUCAGCCUUUUCGAUUCCAAGCCAAACAAAGACUCCAAAGGAUCUCGUUGAAUUGCACGAGGGCAUCGUUAUGAUGAAUGCGAAAAUUGCGAUAUGCGAGGAGAAUCUGGACGAGCUUGCACAACGAGCUGAAAUUGAUAUGCUCACGGAACGCGCUGGAUCGGAUUCAGGUCAGAAUGCAUGGAGUGCAGAUCAUCACGAUCUAGCGGAUGCGGUCAUUGCAAAACAAAGAAAAGAAACUGACCGAUUGAUCAUUAACACCGCUUUUUUGACUGGUGUUGCACAGGAUCUUGUCAGAAGGCUUGCCAACCAGCCACCGAACCUCAUACUCAACGUACACAACACGUUUCCAAAGAGCGGAGAGCUAUGGGCUUUUGUAAUGAUUGGGAUGGCUUUGCAGUUCGUUGCUGUGGCAAUACCCGCAAUCAUGACCUAUCACUGGAAAGAACCGGAGGACACGAAGCCUGUUCAAGACUACGCAUAUCCAACAUUCUUGCUAGGAACAUGCUUACUCUUUGUGAGCAUAGCACUAUGCUCGUAUAUCAUCGAGGCAACGACUGUUGAGCAGGUGUUCACACCAACUGACGGUUAUGAAGUGGGGACCAUCUUCCGGUUACAACUGCAACAGAAUAUGGGCGAUCAGCCCUUUAACACAUAUCUCAUCUUGAACCAUGCCGAAGACAAAAAGAUUCUGACUUCGAGGUACGACCCUGCACAGCAGGCAGGAAAGUCAAGAGCCAAAACUCAGAAAUCGAUUGUCAUUAUUGCUGUCGAAACAGGCCAGUCAAGUGGUCGCACAUAA